AUGACAAUUCUCACAAAUGGAUUUGCUCUCGUUUGUAAAAACAUUACCGAUUCUAACAUAGAAAAAUUACACCCAAACAAAACUUGCGCUUGUGAUUUUCGAAUAAACACUCGCGGAUGUGACGAAGAAGACUUUAUACGAAAGGCGACUUGGAGUUUAUUAGUAUUAACGAUACUGUUAACAUUAAUGAGUGGCUCUUUUCUGUAUUAUCAAAUACGUGUAAAAAGGCAAGGAGCAUUUUUCCCAGCGACAAGAGAACGAGGGCUUAUACGACCACGACCGCAACAUGCUGUUCUUAUAAUUACUUUUGCAUAUAAUCUGUGUUUAUUGAUUAGUGAUGCAUUUCCUAAUACUUUGGUAGCAGAAGUGUCUCAUGAUAUCCCACGAGUAAUUUGUACAGGACUUGCAUCGCUGCUUCCGGUUGUCUACGCUAUCCCAAGUAACGAAAAUGAAUACGCAAUUCCUACACCAAAUGGAAAUUUUCUUGAUAUCUGGUCUAUUCUACUAAUGAUUGGUCCAAUUUUGUGUAGUGUACCACUAGCAGCACUCACUGGAUACUAUGCAGACAUAGGUGAUAUUGAGAACGCCGAGAGAUAUUUCAAAAUUCAUUAUGUGAGCUAUUCGUUUUGGGGUGGAUUUCACACGCUCGCAACUAUCAUUUUUUGGUGCAUGUUAAAGUCGGUGUUAAAUGCACACAUGAAAGAAUUGAGAGAGAGAGAUUGGAAAAUGAAGCAAGCGAAAAGAUUUUCUCGAAAUUUGACAGUAGUUGUAUUCUUAUUCGUCCAAUUAGAUGCCGGAUUAUUUAUAAUAUUUGUUGUUUUCGGAAUGUGGCAGCAUAAUAUCUCCAUAUUUAUACCAGCUUUAAACAAAUUAUAUUUAUUUUUAUGGAGCUUUGUUUUUGUUAUGUUCGGAUUUUUUGUUCAUGUAAUUUUUAUUUACGGUAUUCUUAAACCUCUGGAUGGACCACCAAUAACGAUAAAUAUAAGUCCCACAAACACAAUAAAUUCUCAUCAACCCAAUAUCGAUAUGUCUUUAGGAGCAAAAUGUGAAACGCUGAUAAAUCCAGUACAGCUACCUACAAUAAAUCGAUAUUCGGAUUUUUCGGUGGAAUGGAGCCAAUAA